UUUUUUUCACAGUGCGGGUGACUCGGAAAAUGGAAGUUUUGAUCUUGGGGAUUUGCCGCCUCCUUUCAAUUGCCCUUCCGGAGCAAAACACUUAUUUCAAACUUUGAUGGGGUUUUUUAUUUUGAUUUAAAACUACCAUUUUGUAUUUUUACUAAGCUUCGUUAGAAAGAUGCAGCCAAUGCUGCUUCCACCUGGUUGUGUUCUUCCUUUGCAGAUUUUGUCUCAAAUUGGUUCCUUCUGUGCACAAAAUGGCAUCCGCAUUAUCUGUCAGACGAAUCACACAGAGAUGGCGAGAUGGAGUCACAUUGAACUCUUUGCAAGGAUCAAGGUAUGGCGGAUUUCUUACAAAGUCAAGGAAUUGGAAAAUGAAAAGCAUCCAGUUAGUACAGAAUGAUUCAGUUUUGCAGUUGAACCUGCAAUGUUGGUAGUCUGUGAACCUCUCUAGAAACAAAGAUUUUAGAAGAAGAAAGGAAGAACUGAGAUGGGUACCCAUAGGCUAGACUUCUCCUGUAGUUUCCCUCGGCUUGAAGUCCCCAUUUCCCAAUCAGCAAAGCCUGCUACCUUUCCAGUUAAAGACAGGCCGUUGAUCGAGGGCAAGUCUAACCAUUCUCUCAAGAGAAAUGCUUGCGCCUCAUCUGCAAUGGCUCCCCAGGCGGCAAUUCGCACGCCAUCAGAGAGAUGGGAGAAAAGGAAUUGCAUGAAGAGGUCUUUAGAACAGAGCUCUUCUGACGAUUCAUAUGCAAGUAGAGGCAAGAAGAGAGCAAGGGAAAGCUCACAGGAUUUUACUGAAAAAGAUGGCCAAUCAUCUGCUAAUCAAUUGAUAGAUAUUUACCACUCUGAACCUUUAGAACGUGAAUCGGUGGUAGGAAUACCUGGUACAGUCUUGGUCCUCUCAACCAUUGAGGAAGGUCCGUGCAUGCAUUCCUCUGAGACUCUGUUGCCGAAGGCCAACUGCCUAGGGUCUGUAGUUACAGAAAGAUCAGAACACGGAGAACACAGGUACGAGGUCGCCACGAGAGAGAACCCGAAGGAUUCCAGCUUGAAUUGGAGUUCAUCUGAGACACGAAGCUCAUCGCAGGAUGAUGAAGAGUCUUCGGAGAAAGCAACUGGAGAUGGCUCGGAGAAUUAUUGCCAAUCUGAAGGAACUGAAGCAGGGGAUGAUGACGUUAUUGGACAAGGCCUUGAGCUUGUCAAUCUUCUAGUGUCUUGCACUCAGUCAAUUUCCUCGAAGAAUUUUGCCCUAGUAAACCACUAUCUAUCCAAGCUAGGAGAUCUCGCUUCCCCAAAAGGAACACCAAUUCACAGGGUAGCUGCGUGCUUCACUGAAGCCAUGGCACUUAGAGCAGCAAAUCUCUGGCCUCACAUUUUCAGAAUUUCUAUACAAGACCUUGAGCAAGGUGAUGAAGACCUUCUGGUAGCUUUUAGGCUUCUUAACAACAUUAGCCCGAUACCAAAGUUUCUGCAAUUUACUGCAAACGAGAUGAUACUUCGAGCUUUUGAAGACAAGGAUAGGAUCCAUAUCAUCGAUUUUGAUAUAAAGCAGGGGCUUCAAUGGCCUACCCUGUUCCAGAGUUUGGUUUCUAGGCCUAAACCUCCAACUCGUGUGAGGAUCACUGGGAUUGGUGAGUCAAAACAAGAACUCCAAGAUACAGGGAAUAUGCUAGCUGGGCUCGCAGGGGCUCUGAACCUGCAAUUUGAAUUCCAUGCAGUAGUGGAUAAGCUGGAGGAUGUUAGGCUCUGGAUGCUUCAUGUCAAGGAGAAUGAAAGCGUAGCUGUGAACUGUAUGAUGCAGAUGCACAGGCUUCUCAUUGAUAGUGAUGGCAGCAUUUUAAGGAACUUCCUUGGAUUGAUACAGAGUGUUAGACCAACUAUUCUAGUAAUUGCAGAACAAGAGUCCAGCCAUAAUUUGAGCUGGGAAGCAAGGUUCUGUAAUUCAUUGGCUUAUUAUUCUGCAAUCUUUGAUUCAAUAGAUGCCAGCCUCCCUCAGGAUAGUCUUGAUAGAGCCAAGAUAGAGCAGAUGUUUGCAAGGGAAAUACGAAAUAUUAUCGCCUACGAAGGAGCCGAGAGAACGGAAAGGCAUGAAUGUUUUGAGACAUGGAAGCGGGUUUUAGAGGUGGGAGGAUUUAGAUGUUCGGAUGUUAGUGACAGGGAGGUCAUUCAGGGCAAGAUGCUAUUAAAGAUGUUUUUGUGUGAGAAUUAUAAAGUAGUGAAACAGGGAGAAGGAGGCCUAACACUUUGCUGGGCAGAGCAGCCUCUCUUCACAGUCUCAGCAUGGGCAGCAGCAGCUCCUGAAAUUGCAGGGACAUCCCCUUCUUCUUCCCAACCAGAAUGAUGAUGAUGUUGGUAUGGAGCAGUACUGAAAUUGCGGGGCCAUCCCCUUCUUCCUCCCAACCAGAAUGAUGAAGAUGUUGGUAUGGAGCAGUUACUGAAAUUGCGGGGCCAUCCCCUUCUUCCUCCCAACCAGAAUGAUGAAGAUGUCAUGUUGGUGAUGGAGCAGUUCUUUCAGCCAUCAACUAACUUUAGAUAGAAAUUCUUUGAUUCUUUUAGCUGCGGAGGCAAUUGUUGAAAACCUCAUUGUGAGGCCCCUCUAGAGGCAGCAUAUAGAUUUACUUCAGCCAUUCUUUGAUUCUUUUCUUCUUUUAUACGCCACAAAGGAAAUAGGGUAGCAAUUCUUUAUUUCUUUGUUAA